UAUUGUGGUAAGUGGUAUAUCUAUUUUGUUUAAGCUGAUCAGUAGGAUACUGCAUCUGUUGCAAUCUUCUUCUAGGUACUUAGUUUUCCAUUACAUUUUCUCAGAAUGGUCUACCCUCCUAAUCCACUAUGAUACAUCAAGCCAUGUGCUGACCACGAAGUUUACUGUUCCUGACAAUUCAUAUUUAGUGAAUAAAGCAGUUUAGUAAGAGUAAAGAUUUCUUCUUCUGUUAGUGGAUAGGAUAUGAUUACUUGGAACCCAAAAGAAAAACGGAAGUGUAAGUGGACGUCUAUGUAAAAAGGGGGGGGAAAAUCCCCUGACAUGGUGAGCAAACUUGCCAAUAAGUCAAUAUUUGCUUGAAUCGUGGUGAGAAAAGAAAGCUGUGAGCUGACAAAUGGGAGAGCUGUAUGACGCACAUGCAACACUCCCAUUCCGGCUUAUGAUGGGGGGAGGGCUGAAUGGCUGGGGUGUGCAAGUCUCUAGGGACUGAAGAGUCCUUUUGGUGGGUGAGAUGAAGAACAGACUGGAUGAGCUGAGGGGCUAUCAGAACAGGGAUGAGGGAUCCCAAAUAGAUUUUGAUUUACAAGGUCCUGGCUACUUUAAUGCUGGCUAUCAAGAAGGACUUUCUUCAGGGAUGGGAGAGUUCUUUGGGCAGGUGUAUCAGCUUUACAUGGAUCUAAGCAUGUUACGAGAGUUGUCGGAAGAGAUUCAUGGCAAGCAGGAGCGGAUUCUGUGUAGCACUACAGCUGAGGAACUAUGUGGAGAAAAGCAGCUUCUCGCUGAACUCAAAAGACGGUUCUCUCACCAGGCUAGGGACAUCCAUGAGCGUUUGUCUCAAAUGAAAGAGAAGGAUUGGACUGGAACGCUCUGGAAAGGUAGUGCAGAAGGCCGGAUUAAGCAGUCCCAGUUCUACAGCCUGCUCCAACAGCACAAUCAGGUUCUGAGUCAGCACUAUACCUGGGAAACAGAGUAUGCAGGACGCCUGAAGGAACAGAUUGUAAGGCAGACACAGUUGGCUGGCGUGGAGCUGGAUGAGGAAGAGAUCCGACGCCUGGCAGAUAGUUUGCAGGUUCCCCAGCUAGUGGGCACUGACAUCCCAGAACUUGAGGCCCUCAGGAAUCUUGCACUUGUCCAGGAGAGACAUCAUCAGCUGUUGGCCCUGGAAGAGCAGAUCAGUGAGCUCCACUCUCUUUUUCUAGCCCUGGAAGUCAUGGUGUGCCAACAGCACUUACAGAUGAACCACAUUGAGUACAACGUCCUACACACUCUAGACUAUGCGAGCGAGUCCUCCGAAAAACUGAAGAAGGCUCUCCGGUACCAGCACCACUCCAGAGUAGCUGCUCUUGUUUCCUCUCUUCUGGGACUGUGUUUGUGCUGUGGGUGCCUGUGUUGCGCAUCCCCGAACUUGCCCUUUACCAAGUAGCCAGGCUGUUAUGUCCAAAGAGGAAAACACUUUUACCAGCAAUUAACCAUCACAAAAUAAGCUAAGUGAGCUAAAGCUUUCGGUUACAUGACCGAUAUUUCAAAAUUACCGAAUAAGCAAUAAAUGUUAAUGAAACCAUGAAUAUCUGUUGAGACAAUGCUAUGAUAGAUUCACUUUGCAGUUUAAAAGUUUAAGUCAAAAGAAAAUUCAUGGUUAGAGCUGACAUUUAGGUUGUUAUCGGGCCUCUUGGUUUUCAGCCAUUUAGGUGCUUGGCGUGUGUCCUCAUUUCUCAUGUCCAAGUCUCUGUUGUUGUUAAAUACAUUUGGAAAUGCAUUCUAUGCUGUGUAUAUGCUCAUCAUGUAAUAUAUCUGUAAAUAAAAUUGUGUCAGAGACAGGUUGUUUACAUAAUUUUUGUUUCAAAGGUCAUACUUAUACACCCUGGAAAGCACAGAUAGACAAAACUAACCGAUGUUUCAGCUGUAUUUUUUUCCAUAUGGGUUGUGCUGUAACUUGAAUAUGGUACUUUCUUUCCGCUCAUUUUUGAAACAUUCUCUAGCAAUAUCAGUGGUGGAAAUUAAUCACAGCAAAUUAAUAUUCCAGUCUUGCACAUCCUCAAAAAAAUGAUACAGUAUAUUUAUUGUCAUUGUCAUUGCAAAUAAUAAUAUGCACAAGCUGUGUUUUGUCAUUGAUUGUAGGCCUUUAUCUCAAUUUUAUUACUUGUGUAU